AUGGCGACAGGCCGCGGCAGGUUGAGGACCUUUGCUGCCGAGCCUGGGGAAUGUCCUGAAAGCAUAAAUGCUGGAAUUAAAAGUCUGUGUUUGGCUCCUACCACAAAACUGAAAUCGAAUGUGUGCGUUGAGAGCAUGCCAUCAGAAAUACUGCUGAAGAUAUUUUCCUGUUUGGAUGCUGUGUCCCUGUUGUCUGUUGGUUGUGUGAAUAAACGCUUCCAUGACCAGGCCAAUGACAGUGGAAUUUGGCUGAAACUCUAUUCCAGUUUUAUGCAACCAAAAUGGACAAUUUGGAAAAGGACAUCUAAACAAACAGAAACUGUUUUGGGCUGUGCUGCUCUACAUGAUGAAAAGCCUGGAUACUGUAAGAAAGAAUACACCCUCAAACAAACAUCUGUCUUCAAAACUAGAAUAAUGCGGCUUGUUAAACUUCUAGAUCCUUAUACAGGUCUUCCAUGUAAAAACAAAGAAGCUAUGAGAGUCUCUGUCUUGAGUUGGACAAUUGUUCUAAAGGACAAAAAUGGAAAUGAGCAUAUAAUCGAGAACCCAAACCUAUCAUUUAAAGACACAUCUGUUACCAUACUUUGGCAUGGUGCAGUCUGGCCGCACUUAGACAUCCUGUCAACCCUAAAACUAUUUGGAGUUACACCACUGCUUCUUGACMAAAGCAGACCUCUSAGCAAGAACAGACCUCGUCGAUUUUCCUUGAUUGCUGAAUACUGUCUUGCUAACCUGGCUGAAAGUAGUGUAACAAUCAGUGCUGAUGAGCUUGUCCAGCUCUUCAGUCUGGAUCCAGAACUCUUAUUAGGGAUUUGGAAGGAGAAAAAUGAAAUUGCUUAUGUUAUGGUGAGUCUUCAUUAUAAUCAACACCUUGAGAGAAGCAUUUUGGGUUUUGCCACUAUUCAAUAUGUCCCUCCAGCUAAUAAACCUUUACUGGAUGAUAUUGUCCUGGAAUAUGGACUGCAUGGUUACAGUUUGCAUCUGGAUCUGCAUGGCAGAAGCUGCAGAUACCUGUGUGGAACUUUCAAGGGCCUCUUCUGCAGGAGA